UCUACAUUGUAGACAGCGUCCUCCGGAUUAGACCGUGACCACGGGCAGCCCGGGACAGACCGGGAUAAGGUCCGGGAGGACAGCCCCGGACAGACCGCGAUAAGGUCCGGGAGGACAGCCCCGGGACAAGGUCCGGGAGGACAGACCGGGACAGACCGGGAUAAGGUCCGGGAGGACAGCCGCGGGACAGACCGGGAUAAGGUCCGGGAGGACAGCCCCGGGACAGACCGGGAUAAGGUCCGGGAGGACAACCCCGGGACAGACCGGGAUAAGGUCCGGGAGGACAGCCCCGGGACAGACCGGGAUAAGGUCCGGGAGGGCAGCCCCGGGCAGACGGGGACUAGACCGGGAGGGCUGACCGGGAUAAGGUCCGAGGGGACAGACCCGGACUAGACAGGGACUAGAGCGGGGGGACAACCCCGGACAGACCGGGACUAGACCGGGUAAAGGACUAGGACGGGCCGGGAAUAUUUGAAGACCAGAACCAGACUAAGAGCGGGGAUACAUUGGAGUAGAGCGGGUCUGGACCGGGGUAAAACCGGGACAAGUGGCCCCGAUAGGGAACAAGGAGAGAGCGGCUCUGAGUGUCGGGGUCCAGACCUGGACAGUCUGGGAUAGACCGGGAUAGACCGGGACAGGGGCCGCUCUCCCCCGCCCCCCGGGGGCCAUGCUGCAGAAUCCAGCCGGUGCCGCUCCUCCUGAACCCAACAGCUCUUCGUCGUCACCGGCGGGCAGCCUGCAGCCAGCGGCUCCGGGCACGGGUCCAGGCCCAGGCCCAGGCCCGGGCCCCCAAGCAGCCGCCGCUGCAGUUCUGGUGUCCCGGGACAGAGAGGCCCCACUGCCAGGGCCCCCUUACAGCUGCUCGGAGCCCAGCAGCGACGAGGACGAGGAGCUGGUGGUGGCCCCGGCCCCGGGCCCGGGCCCGCUCGAUAGACGGGGGGUCAAGAGGCGUCUCUCCGACCUGGAGGCGGCGGCGGCGGCGGGCCUGGCGGGUGUGAGCGGACACGGCCCGGGGCUAGAGCCUGGUCCCGGGGGCCUAGCGGCGACUGGAGGCUAUGGGGCUACGUCGGCCCCAGGAGGGACUGCACCAGGAGCCGGACUAAAACCUGGCAAGAAAACCAGGGGGAGAGUGAAGAUUAAAAUGGAAUUUAUCGAUAACAAACUGAGGAGGUACACGACCUUCAGUAAGAGGAAGACCGGCAUCAUGAAGAAGGCCUAUGAGCUCUCCACACUGACGGGUACCCAGGUGCUGCUGCUGGUAGCUAGUGAGACAGGACAUGUAUAUACCUUCGCCACAAGAAAACUGCAGCCUAUGAUCACCAGUGAGACAGGGAAGGCAUUGAUCCAGACCUGUUUAAAUUCUCCUGAUUCACCACCGCGUUCUGAUCCCACGACGGACCAGAGGAUGAGUGCCACAGGAUUUGAGGAAACCGAUCUGACGUAUCAGGUAUCGGAGACUGACAGCAGCGGGGAAAAUAAGGACAACUUGAAACCAACAACAUUCACAGUGGCCAAUGUUCCAGGAUCCACAGGCGUCAAUCAAUCAGCUUCAAACACUUCGACUAAUCUCCAGGUCAGCACGGGUCACAACUUUCCUAUCACCAACUACCUUGCACCUGUCACCGCCAUCUCCAAUAGCAACGGCGCCGUCUUCAAAUCAACUGGUACAGGCACUUCUGGCAGCAUGGUGCAGCUCCCGAGUGGAUUCACUAUCAUGUCAGGUACAGCACUGCAAGGCACACCAACCAUCCCGAUUGGUCAGCUCCAGCAACAUUCCCUGGCCAUCCAGGGUCAACAGGGUCAGGUGGUGACCAGUCAGUCACAACAAGGACAGCAGACGGUCUUUCGCUUCCCAGCAUCUGCAGGCGGACAAAUAGUCUCCAUUGCAGGUGGUGCAAUGGCCCAACAGGUUCCUGUGCAGACGAUUCAGUUACACCAAGCCUCCGGGCAGGUGAGCGUGCACCAGUCUACGCAACACACGCCAUCUACCAGCGACAGCAACUCCGAGAUUUCUCAGGCCUCCACCAGCGGAGCAAUGACACUGCCAGCAACCAUCGUCACGUCGUCUGUACCCACCUCGAUGGCCAGUCACGUGAUGUACCCCAGCCCACAUGGUACGGUCAUGUACACGACCUCCAGUCCCGGCCUGUCUGAUGGCGGACUCACAGUUCUCAACGCCUUUUCUCAGCCUUCUUCGGGUAUGCAGGUCUCUCACGGCCAGAUGCAAGAGCAGGGUGGUGUUCCUCAGGUUGUGCUCACUGCUCCCACAGGAACAGUUCAAAUCCCAUUGUCAGCUGUCCAGCUACACCAGAUGGCAGUCAUUGGGCAGCAGUCAUGCACUGGCAGCCUGACUGAGCUUCAGGUGAGCAGCCUGGAGACCACACACAGCAACAAGCUGGCCCAGAACGAUUAACCCUUCAUAUCUAGGACUGAGAGAAGCGGCAUCUAUUUAAAAAGGAAACUGAGCGCCAUAUUUAUUUAUUUUCUCCCCUCACCCUUCACCCCUGUUUUAUUCAGAAAGAUUGGAUGGAACAUUUUCUAAAUCAAUGUGAAAUUACCGAUGGCCUAAGGAUUAUCUUUUACACAAUUCAAAGCGAUUUGCACGCUGUGGACCCAUAACAAACCAAACCCAGCCAAAAUUUAACACUGUUGUGACAGUUUUGUAAAGACCUGAAAUCAUUCUUCUACCUGUCCCUUGGAGGACGAAGUCAGCAUUGACAUUUUGUUCUAAACGCGUCUGGUUUUGUCAUUGCUCCAGUUUUAGCCGUGACGCUUUAGCUUGGUUUGGAGUGGAAUGGGACGGGGCAGGGUGCAUGUGGACAGACGCAGAAGUCUGCCUAAGCUGUAUGCUGGCUUCAACCCUUGGUGAUGUCUGUGCUUUGAUCUUGUUUUGAAAGUCAAAGGAUAUCAUGGCAUUAAUUUUCCACAUCUGUUUCUCCAACAAUUCUUUUGUGAUUAUAUUUGUACUGAAAACAAAAUUGUUGGAGGUGUGUGUGUGUGUGUGUAUAUGCAUGUGUAUAUUAUACAUGUGUGUAAUAUGUAGGUACAGUAUAUACACCCAUAUAUAAUGUGUUGCUCAUAUGCACACACAAAACGUUUAGUAUUUAGAAAGUUUUUUUUAAUGAAGUCUAUAUGAAAUGUGAUCCAAGUUGAAUUAAUUGAUUUAUUAGAGUGGCCUUUGGAGGGGGAACACCAUAAGUGACUUCACUCAUGACUCUGCACUAAGGGAGCAAACAUUCAGUCAAAAAAGUUUCUGCUCUUGAAUGUUGUCCAGUUCUCCCCGCCUGCCCCAAGGUCACGUGUGCAUAUUACGAUUACGAUUGGCCUUGCUGCCCUCUUUGGGUGGGGGUGGGGGUGGGGGAGGUGGUCAGGAUUGGCCGUGCUGCCCUCACUGGGAGCGGAUCAGAAUCAGGAAUGUCUGUAACAAAAAUAGAAGUUGCUGGAAAAUCACAGCAGGUUUGUCAGCGUCUGUGGAGAGAGAAACAGAGUU